AGUAGAGGGUGCGCAACUUCUUCGGAGGAGUGUGAUCUUGACUGGCCAUCAUUUGGAGUCAAUUCAGCUGCGGAGAACAACUGCAAGCCACAGAUUGGUGACUGAAACCAAGGGACUACAUUUCGCAAAGUUCCCUGACACGCAAAGAGCUGGUGCGCUGUCCGGAUUCCUCUCCUCCUUCUCUCAGCUAACACCCCUUCACUGUGGUUGUGAUGUUUGACUUCAGGAGGUGAAUCAGAAAUAAGACAACAUGAGUGACCGUUUUGACUGUGGUGAGUGCAAGGAGUCCCUGUACGGACGCAAAUACAUUCAGGUGGAGGACGUUUCCCACUGCAUCCCCUGCUAUGACCGCCUGUAUGCCAACACAUGUCAGGAAUGCAAGGAGCUCAUUGCACACAACGCACGGGAGCUGUUCUACGAGGACAGGCACUACCACGAACACUGUUUCCGUUGUGACCGCUGUGACCGCUCGCUGGCGGACGAGCCCUUCACCAGCCAGGAGGAGGCGCUGCUGUGCAACGACUGCUACCACAAUGAGUUCUCGUCCAAGUGUGUGGCCUGCGACAAGACCGUCAUGCCAGGCUCAAAGAAGUUGGAGUAUGGGGGCUCUGCGUGGCACGAGGACUGCUUUGUGUGCCAUGGCUGUGAGAAGCCCAUCGGUGGCCAGUCCUUCAUCCCCGACAAAGACGACUACUACUGUGUACCCUGCUACGAGGGCAGGUUCACCCCGCGAUGCAGCCUCUGCAAAAAGGUGCUGGCGACAGGAGGCGUCAGCUACAAAGAUGAGACGUGGCACAAGGAGUGUUUGGUGUGUAACGGCUGUAAGAGCCCACUGGCGGGCCAGCCCUUCACCUCCCAGGGAGACACGCCCUACUGCGUCAAGUGCUUCAGCAGCCUCUACGCACAGAAGUGUGCCUCCUGUAACUCGCCCAUCACAGGGUUUGGCGAGGAAGUACAUUUCUUUCAGGAUCGGCAGUGGCACCAGCCCUGCUUCAAGUGCUCCCACUGCUCUGUCUCUCUGGUUGGGUCCGGCUUCUUCCCUGACCGGGACCAGAUCCUUUGUGGAGACUGCAACAACGACCAAGAAGACCAAUGAGAAUCACUUUCUCUGUCCUUCAACUGUGCUUGACCAAUCACAAAUGUACAGUUAUAGCUAUAUCCCGUUUGUAACACACAGCGGUGACAUGACCACCUAUCGUACAUUUAAGAGAGCCUCUAAACAUCAACCUAUAUUUAAUACUACAUCACCCUAAAUAUAUACAGUACCAGUCAAACGUUUGGACACCUUCUCAUUCAAGGGUUUUUCUUUAUUUUUAUACUAUUUUAUACAUUGUAGAAUAAUAGUGAAGACAUCAAAACUAUGAAAUAACACAGAUGGAAUAAACAAAUCAAAAUAUUUAAUAUUUGAGAUUCUUCAAAGUUGCCACCCUUUUCCUUGAUGACAGCAUUGCACACUCUUGGCAUUCUCUUAACCAGCUUCAUGAGGAAUGCUUUUCCAACAGUCUUGAAGUUCCCACAUAUGCUGAGCACUUGUUGGCUGCUUUUCCUUCACUCUCCGGUCCAACUCAUCCUAAACCAUCUCAAUUGGUUGAGGUCGAGUGAUUGUGGAGGCCAGGUCAUCUGAUGCAGCACUCCAUCACUCUCCUUCUUGGUCAAAUAGCCAUUACACAGCCUGGAGGUGUGUUUUGGGUCAUUGUCCUGUUGAAAAACAAAUGAUUCUCCACUAAGCUCAAACCAGAUGGGAUGGCGUAUCGCUGCAUAAUGC